GUCAUCGUUCGGUGCCAUCAACGACUCUAUGUGCAUUCACGUUCAGCCAUAAGACAACUUCUCACCUGCUAUCCAUAGCUCAACACACGCGUAAAACAGGAUGUCUCGACAAGUCCAGGUAAAGAAAGGGUCUGAGAUCCAAGCACCGGAUGGCCCCCAAACCGACGGCAUGAUUCGCAUGCCCGCAGUUGUAGACAUGUCAGACCAGAUAUGUGGCACUGUCAUGAUCGCAAAACCUCAUACGGCUUCUGCAAUCCACCACCACGGCGAUGAGGAUACCAUCGUGUACGCCGCGAAGGGUCAUGGCGCCCUCGUUAGCGGAUCAGACGGCAGUAAAAGACAAGAGCUAGCACCAGGAGAUUUCGCGCUCAUACCAGCGUAUGCAGAGCAUCAGGAGGUCAACGACAGUGACGAAGAUGUUGUUUGGAUCAUCACACGAGGUGGCAGAAACCCUGUUGUUCAGAAUCUCGAGGCUUGGUCAAAAGACUAAGAUGCUUGCCAGCGCAGGUCUUGUCGAGAACCCCUCUUCGAGCACGAACACAUAUCAUUGACGUUGCGGAACCGAGUUAUAGGUAAUGAUACAUACUGUCAUCCCGUAUGUUGAUUAGUCGCAUUCGGCCCAUCUAUGUCGAAUGAUAACGAUGAACCUAACCAUCUGCUACCCGAUAUCACAGCAAAACGGGACCUUUGCAUCAUCUACAAGGCUUGCAAACGCACAACUACGUCAGACAUGCCUGCCUGUCUAAGCGGUGCUGCAGGUGUCGAUAACAUACUGGCGACUUGUCGCUCACAUGUUGGUAUCAUGAGCUCUCAUUGGUCAGCAGGCCAUCUCGUUACAAUGCCCCAAUAUUUAUG